AUGAAGUCCUCCUCUUCUCUUACUCUCUUGGGCUUUGUUGUUGCUCUUGCCCUCGCCGAUCCCACCGUCUAUCUGAUCCGCCAUGGCGAGAAACCGGAUAGUGGCAAUGGUCUGAGCGCCCAAGGAAUGCAGCGAGCGCAAUGCCUGCGAAACGUCUUCGGUGCCAGCAGCGGCUAUGACAUCGAAUACAUCAUGGCGCAAGACUACAAGUCAGGUGAGUUAUCCCGUCUUUCUUCUCCCGUUUCUUUCUUUUGUGCCACCAGCUAACCUCGUACCUCCCUCUCAAGACGGAAAACGCGAACGGCCCUACGACACCGUCACUCCCCUCGCACAGGACCUGGGCCUCUCCAUCGACCACCACUGUGACCGCGACGACCCGCAAUGCGUCCAGACGACCGUGGACAACUACUCCGGCUCGGGGAAUAUUCUCAUCUGCUGGGAACACGCCGCCCUCACCGACAUUGUCCAGGCGCUCGGCGACGCCGAUGCCCCCAGCUAUCCCAGCGAUCAUUUCGAUAUCAUCUGGACGGAUCCGCCGAAUUACACGGAUAUUACGGAUAUGGCCAGUGAGAACUGCCCGGGCUUGGACAACUAG